AUGUUAUCAACUUUAAAAAAUAUUUUUAUGACUGUUUUUAAUUUUGAUAAACAGUCACCAAAAACAGAAGAAAACAUUGACAAAAUUAUUGAAGAGCUUUCUCAAAAUAAAAAUGACACAGUCGAUUGGGAACUUGAAAAAGAAUGUCAGGAUGAGAAUAAUUCUUUAUGUUUACUCGGUCAAAGUAAACCUGCCGAAAUUGAUGUUGAAGUUUUUAAAUGCUCUACUAAAACCGGAACUGUCACUUACAUAGGAAAUGAUUUUGGAUUGCUAGACAAUUCAGUUUAUUUUGAAUUAAAUAAAGUUCCAGAAAUUAUUAUACUAAGAGAAGGAGAUAAAGUUACUUACCGGUCUUUUAAGUUUAAAGAGAAUGAAUCCGAAAGAGUUAUAGAUAUUUUGUCUUUAGUGAAUGAAUACUGGGAAGACAAACCCAAUACUGAUGAAGUAAAUUCAAAUUCAAAAGUAGAAGAAAACUUGAACGCGUUGCAAAGAGUAAUUAAUGGAAUAGUUACUGAGAAAAAGGGAAGGAAAUUAUUAAUAGAACCCAUUAAAUUAUGGUGUGACUUAGAUAAAAUAAAUGCAACUUUUGUACCUAUUGAAGGAGACUGGGUGUCACUGGAAGCUGUAGUGUCUGUCAACCAAGAAAGUAUCGAUCUUAGUGGUACAAUUUUAAACAUUACAUCCCUUAAACCUGUACUUACUAAUGAAGGAUGUGGUAGAAUUACAUUCUGGUCUGAAAAACUAGGGUGUAUAAAUAAUCAGAUUUAUUUUACAAAACUACAAAGUAAAGGAUUUAUUCCAGCUUUAGGAGAUGAAGUAAAAUAUAAAGCCAUUGAAAGUGAUCAAGGAAACUACAAAUGGAGAGCAUUAGAAGUUUGGCCUAUUGAAUUAAAAAGUGAUUUUGAAAAAAAAACAUUUAAUUCUUUAAAUAAUAAUAAUAAUAAAAAAACAUCAAAUUACAAAAAUAAUAUAAUAAUUGAACCGAUAAUUAGUAAAAUAGAAAUUCCAUACAAUGGUUGUAAAGAUUUUAAAAUGGAUAUUUGUAACAAAGGAGACACAGUUCAAAUAUUAAAAAGAAUAAAAUUUGUUUGCUCUUUAGAAAAAUCUCAGCUCAAGUUAAAAAACUUUAAAUCGAGUAAUGGUAUUAAAAUAGAACCACAUAAAAAACAUACAAUUACUUUUGAAUGUUUUGGAAAGUUUUUAGGUUUAAACGAAGAAGAAUGUAUUUUCUAUUUUGAUAAUUAUGUUGUUAAAAAAGAAGUUUUUAUAAAUGUUUGUAGCAAUGAAGAAAUGAAUAAAAUUCUUAAUUGCAAAAUUGACACAGUUGUUUUGAAACAAUUUAAAAGAAAACAUCCAAAAAAAGAAAACAUUUCUGGCAAGUGUGCAUUAUUCGGUCCCACGCCUUGGUCAAAACCAAAAUUUAUGAUCAGUAAAAAAAAAAAAAACUAUAAAAUUCCUGAAGCCCUAUGGAAUGCCAUAAUUGGAGAUAAUGAAUAUGAAAAAGAAAUACAGGAUGCACGACAAUGUCUCUUGGAAUACGCUCCUUAUUUAAAAGAAAAUUUAAAUGAAUCCAAUUACGUUCACAGAUUUCAUUUACUUCUUUAUUUAGAAGAAAUAGAUUUAAGAAGUCGGUUUACGGUAUUUAAUCAAAAUGGAGUUUUCCUCAUUCGAAAAGGUGAUUACUUUUCAUUAGAAAUAAAUGGUUUAAGUGAAACGCGGCCUUCUUUAAUAAUUGGAGACAAAGCCAUACUUACUCAGCCAUGGUCUUCUGAAAAAAUUUGCCAAGUAGGAUAUGUUUAUGAAAUUCAUAAACAUCAAGUUCUACUCAAAUUUCACGAAUCAUUUCAUCAACUUUACGAUGAAAGUGAAUGUGAUAUAACUUUUGAACCUGGAGUUAGUAACAUGAAAAGAUGUCAUGAUGCCAUCGACAGAGCUAUUGAUAACUUAGGUUUUAAAUGGGUAUUUCCAUCUUCUGUAAGUGAAAAACAACCACAAGUUGAAUUCAAGGUUCAAAAUGAAUCCGUUGAUCCGAGAGAUACUUCAAAUACUAAUUUAAAUCAAUUUCAAAAAGACAUUGAUUCAAACGGUUACGUUAUUUCUUCUUGUAAACCUGAAUUGAUGUGGCAUUCUAAAAACUUAAAUGAAAGACAAAAAAUGGCUGUAAUAAAUGUUUUAAAGGGUCAGGGCAGACCUUUACCGUACAUCGUAUUCGGACCUCCGGGUACAGGGAAAACAAGCACUUUGAUUGAAUUAAUCAUACAAAUUUAUACAUUAAUACCCGGAAGCAGGUUGCUCGUGUGUGCCCCAUUAAACAGUGCUGCAGAUUUGAUAUGCGAACGUCUCAUUGAAAUAGGAAAAUUUAAACCAGGUCAGCUUGUUCGGUUAAUCGCAUUUCAAAGGUUUCUUCAAGACAAAGUUCCUCCAAAAUUAGUGCCUUACAGUACACUCGUCUCCUUAGAAGAUGAUACUGGGAAAAAUAACGAAUCUUUAAAAUUUAAAAAAAAUAUACGAAUAUCAUCGGCUAGUCAACUCAUAGGAAGACAUAGAAUCACCGUGGGAACCUGUUCCAGUGUUGGUUACCUUCAUUAUUUGGCUUUUCCAUUAGAACAUUUUACUCAUAUUCUAGUAGAUGAAGCUGGACAAGCAACCGAACCAGAAAUUUUGAUUCCAGCUAGUUUCCAAAGUUUUACAAAUAGUAGGGUCGUACUUUUUGGUGAUCCUCAACAACUGGGUCCUGUGUGUUUUGGAAAAUUUGCUGUUGAGUAUGGAUUAAAUGUUAGUCUAAUGCAACGCCUUCUUAACACGUUUCCAUAUUGCAGGGAUAUUGAUUCUUUUCCAGGCACUCUAGGCUUUGACCCAAGAUUUAUCACGAAACUCAAUGUUAAUUACAGAUCCGUACCUGAAAUCUUAGAUUUACCUAGUCAGUUGUUUUACAAUUCUGAAUUGAUUCCGACGAUUUCUCAAGAAAAAGGCCCCGAAGCAGAUAUAAUAAAAAAAUGCAACAUCGUUAACGAAAAUAAAAAUAAGGGUUGCGCUUUAGUUUUUCACAGUGUACUGGGACAAAAUUAUCAAGAAUCAGAUUCGCCAUCGUGGUUUAAUCCGCACGAAGUUUGGCAGACGGCAACGUACCUGAAAAAAUUUUACGAUGCGGGUUUAACGAGUGACGACAUCGGAAUAAUCACUCCGUAUUCGAAACAGAAAAUUCGUUUUCUUUUGGAAGCAUUGAAUCUUUCGCCGCCGAAAAUAGGUACGGUAGAAGAAUUUCAAGGACAAGAAAGAUUAGUAAUCAUCGUAUCCGUUGUAAGGAGUUCCUUAUUACACACUCCGAAUAACAUAGCAAAGUCUUUGGGAUUCACGGCUUGUCCCAGACGCAUAAACGUCGCACUAACGAGAGCUCGAGCCGUUCUCGUCAUUUUAGGAAAUCCGAUUACCUUAUCCAAAUAUCCCUAUUGGAGAACCGUCGUAAAAUACUGUGGCAAAAACAAUUGCAUCACGGGUUGUAACAUACCACUUUUUUAUAAAAAUGACGAAUUGGAAGAAAACGAAAAAGAAGGCAAAACAGUAAAAGAAGAAGAAGAAGGAAUUAACGAGGCGAGUUAA